AUUUCACAAUAUUAUUGCCAGCAAAUAAGUGAUUUUGAUCAAGAAUACCACAGAAAUCAAAAUGAAUAAUAUUUCGAUGAAAACUCAGACAGUGACCAAGCUUUUCAAACUACCAGAAGAUUCAGAAAUUGGAAAAAAAGUUCAAAUUUCCAUUUGUGACAUUCUUGGGCUCCACUGGACAGGAUUCUGGACGAUUUCGUGCACAGCUGAAGGGAGAUUUGAAAUUAACUGUGAAGAGAAAAACCGGUCCCGUUGGAAAUUCUUGGCUCAGGUGGAGCUUCAGUUUACUGGGGAAGGUCAGACUCCAGUUAUCAAUAUCAAUAAGGAAAUUGAGUUUACUCCAAAAUUGAAAAUUAUGGUUUUUGAUCCAAUUGAUCAGGGAUGCAGAUACAAUAAAGUUAAUCUGAAAAUUACUCGAAAGUCAUCCGUUGGAGUUGCGGUCGACAAGUUCAUCGAUUUUGAAAAGAAGAACAGUUGGCUGGAUGCCCUGAUUCGAUCAGAAGAUGGAAAGAAAAUGAUGUAUGCCAAUUCUGGAAUACUUGCUUUGAAUUCCCCGAUUCUUAAACAAAAACUGCAAAACGACAAGAAAGCUCACAUUAUAAUUCCAUCUGAGUCCUUUGCUGCUAUGGAAAAAUUGAUGAAUUUUCUUCAUCCUCCUUAUAAAAUGGAACGAGAAAUUGUUGAAGAAGUUCUGGAUCUAGCUUCGAAAUGGAAAAUGGAGUCGGUUCUCACAAAAUACGAGCAACUUCUCAUCAGAGAACGUUGCAAGUGCCAAGAUUCUUCCCUUAAAAAUGUCAAACUGGCGGAUAAAUUCAAGAUGAGAUCUCUUCUUGAAGACAUCCUCUACAACGAUACAUGCAAUGUUUAUGAUUUACUCGAUGGAAACGACUAUAGCUCUUGGACUCGUGCAGCAAUGUUUGAAUUUGUUCUGGAAAUGGAGAAUGACUAUGCUGAUGAUGACGAAUCUGAAAACACACUUUAUGGUGUCUUAUCAAUGGCAGAGUUAUUAUAUCAAAAUAAGAUUUAUAAAAUAAAUAAACUAUUUAUUUUUCAAGAUUAUUUUAAAUUUCAGAAUACAUCAAAUUAUGCUUCGUCUGCGCAAAAAAAAUCAACAGGAAGCGCAUGA